GAGAGAGAGAGAGAGAGCGAGAGAGAGGGGGAGCGAUGGCAACGAAAAAGGCGUGCGUGGAUGCGCCCAAAAGGAGCCGGAGUCCGGUCGUGUUGGAGGCGGAGAUGUUCAGUGAAUUUCAGGACUGGUGUCUCCGGACUUAUGGAGACUCCGGUAAAACAAAGACCGUCACCCGGCGAAAAUAUAACAAAAUCAUGCAGACACUGUUGCAGAACGACGAGUCGGAUGGCGUGUAUGUCGACAACAGCCACAUCAACGCCAAAUUCAAAUUUUGGGUGAAGUCUAAAGGAUUUCAGGUCGGGACCAACGUUUUGGGAGAGCACAACAAGAAAGGAGCUCCAGGGAAACCCGUGCUAUAUGUCCCGGUCAAGUCAACGUGUUCAGAUGGGAAUUCGGCCCAAGACAACUCCUCCCUGAAGCGUGUAGCCGUGGUCGAAGACUUCUUUGACAUCAUCUAUGCCAUGCAUGUGGAAAUGGGUGCCGACCCGGGCCGAGCACCCAAACACGCAGGCCAGAAGAAGACCUACAAAGCUAUAGCAGAGACCUACGCCUUCCUGCCCAGAGAGGCGGUGACUCGGUUCCUAAUGAGCUGUGGAGAGUGUCAGAAGAGGAUGCACAUCAACCCCAGCACCGCAGAGUUCAAAGAAAAUGACAGACCAACCUCACUGGUCCCGGACCUCAUUGAUUACAACAUGCCUCUGACUGCCACCUACCUGAAACAAAUGAAACUGCAGUGCAUGACAGCCACUGAGAGGGAUGACAGUUCGGUGAGCAGCGAGGACAUGAACAGCGCCGAGCCCACAUGGGUCGCAGCUGAGCAGCCCCCAGUGCCUGAGCCCAGUCCACCUAAUGGAGAGCGGGUCAGCAACCCAACAGCCACCAUUAAAGAAGAGGACGAUGAUGACUCCUCAGAGAGCGGCAGUGCCAACGGACUGCCGGCCCUGACCUCCCCGGAAGUGCUGGCUGUGGGUGGGAACCCCCCAGAUGGCGGGGCCCCAUACGGGGAGGUGACAGAGAACGGGUUGAGCGCUCCCCUGGAUUUCAGCACCACCUCGUCCUCGUCCUCCUCAGAGGAUCAGCAGCCGGUCAACCUGAGCGACAGACUGCUGCCUGUCGGGAGCUCGCCGCCAAACUCUUACCCCGCAGACCCCAACAGGAAGUACCCCAUCAAAACAGAGUAUGCCAACAAGUCGCCUCCUUACAGCUCAGGAAGCUAUGACUCUGUGAAAACUGAACUGAGCAUGAGCGCAGAGGACUUGACCUCUGGUCGGGCACAGAUAAUCGACGACGACGACGACGAUCAUGAUGACCACGAUGACAGUGACAAGAUCAAUGAUGCUGAGGGUAUGGACCCUGAGAGACUUAAAGCCUUCAAUAUGUUUGUGCGUCUGUUCGUGGAUGAGAAUCUGGACCGCAUGGUGCCCAUCUCCAAACAGCCCAAGGAGAAGAUCCAGGCCAUCAUCGAGUCCUGUAGCCGCCAGUUCCCAGAGUUCCAGGAGCGCUCACGCAAGCGCAUCCGCACCUACCUCAAAUCCUGUCGCCGCAUGAAAAAAGGCGGUUUUGAGAUACGACCAACACCUCCUCACCUCACCUCUGCCAUGGCUGAGAACAUCCUCGCUGCUGCCUGUGAGAGCGAAACCCGAAAUGCUGCCAAGAGGAUGCGGCUCGAUGUCUACCAAGCAACGGAUGAGCCUGCCUCCGACAAGUCCAACUCGAGGGACCCUGCCUCUGCGGCUCCAACGAGCUUCUCGAUUUCCAGCGCAGCUUUCGCCCAAGACCAGCUCUACACCAAUGGAGGCCUCAACUACAACUUGCGGGGAUACGGGACAGUCGGCAGCAACCAGCAGAACACUGCUGCUGCACAAACCAACGGUCCCACAGAUCUGAGUAUGAAGUCCGUCGGCCCGAACUCCUCCUCCUCCAGCUCAAACAGCCACGGUCAGGGAGGUGGCGGCGGCGGUGCUUCGGCUCAGCUCAGCCCUCCGGAGGUCACAGCGGUGAGGCAGCUCAUCGCAGGCUACCGGGAGUCCGCGGCCUUCCUGCUCCGCUCAGCAGACGAGCUGGAAAACCUGAUCCUGCAGCAGAACUGAGUCCGAGCCAAACCGUGCCAAGACCUUCUCCUAGCCUGUCCGCCUCUAUCGCUCUCAGUCACACAUAUUUGGGGCAGAGUUUGAAAUCCAAACAAAGACACAAAUGUACACGAGUGAUUCUGCAGCGCACAGUGGGUCCUGUAGGUUGGUACCUUUACUUAUUCCCACACGAUUAGGUAUUUGGAAGGGCCAGAACAUAUCACAGGCUGAAAAAUGUUUAUUUAUGCAUUUGGUUCACUUUGACCUUAGUGCCCUGUUAUCUGUAGCCAUUCAUCCCAUUCAGUUCAUUUUUACCACUUCAACCUCCAUUCGUCUCAGGAAGCGAUGAUCUAUGUGAAAAAAAUUACAUACAUAGGGGAGUUACAAGAGGUGUUAAACAUCAGCUCACCUGUGCAGAUGUUUGGACAAAUUAAUAGUUGCAUAGCAGUGAUUUAGUCUCAUAACCUACUUUCUAUUUUUACACAACUGUAAAAUACGCUGUACAGUGGCAUGAUUUGAUUUGGUCGUCUGCUCCAAAAAAAAGAUACUGUAUUUCUAAACGUUUUACUCUCUCCAAAUUCACACCUUUUUUUUUUUUCCUGAAAAAUUUGGAGCGUUGCUUUCUGGAAGUUCAUAGAUAAAUCGCUGCUAAAAAGAUGUGGCAGCUUGCCACUGACCUGUUGACCUCAACAGCUACUGUAGGAUGUGCUGACUCACAAAUAAGCAAAAAAAAUAAUUAAAAAAAAAAAAAGAGCAGAGAAAUAAAAGAAAAGAAAGUAAAGAGCGUUUUGACAGUUUUCGCCUGUAAAUUUUGAUCCGUCAAGUCGUGUGGUCAAAACGAUACCUCGGUCCUGCUCUGUUGGAGUGGUUUCCAGAUUCUUAAGCAUGUGGUUUAUUAAGAGACAAAGACUCAUUAUCCAACCUGACUUUACCUUCAGUUAUUUUAUUAUGAAUAUAUUUAUCACGGGCAGUUUCUCAUUACAUAAAAGGACAGAGGCUUUUAAGAAGCCUGGGUAUGCAAAUUGAGGUCACAGACACCUGUCAGGGAAAAAAAAAAGGAGAUUAAUAUAUUGUUUAGACUCUUGGUUUAUAACCAGUGCUACUGGAAAGCGGAGAAAGGUGCAAUAUUGAGGAUAAUCAGUAAAGGUGUGCUUACUGAAAUGACUUUGGUCAGACUUGCUGAGGCGUUUUAAGGCAAAGAGGGGAAUACUUUACCACAAUCCCCUCUUGUUGUGACUGUCAAGUUGUAAAAAGAGACGAUAUCCCAUGCAACAUUGUAGCCAAUUUCAAUGUUGUCGUUUGUUGUGAAUACUGAUCUUUAUCGCUAACCUCAUAACUGAGGCACUUUCAUGUACUGGGAUCAGUCAUCCAUCGUGAUAAAAAUGGGACCUGACAGAAAAAUGAGACUUAAUGUUGCACGUAUUUUUCUUUUUUUUUUUUUUUUAACUUUAAAGUGGUUUGGGGUCAUUUUGUGAAGGAAAUGUUCUGUGAGUAUUCUCGGCUUUUUGUAAGUUAAAAGGAGCACAUUGAGCUCAAAUGCAUCCAUUACUGACUGUCAGAUGAAUGCAGCGGUAUUUGAGGCAACCCGAGACAUCCAUAUGGCUUUACCGGAUGAAGUGAGAGUGUGUGGGCUGCUCGCUCGCUCGCUCGCCUCGGACAAAAGAAAAAAAAAAAAACUCCUCCGUCCAUAUUUUCCCCUCUGACCUCAGCUGUUUCAAAACCUCUCUCUCUCUCUCUGUCUCUCAUCUCCACAUUCCUCAUCGAUGUCACGUCUGAAAACACACUGUUUGAAAAGAAGCAAGAGACAAUCUUUGAAAAAGAUGUAAUUGCAUCACAGUUUACUCUCCCAGCUUUCUGCUAUGGUGUGUCUGUGUAUAUGUGUGUGUGUAUGUGUGUGUGUGUGUGUGUGUGGUCUGAGGGCACACAGAGUACUCAAUCCAGAUCUAGAGCACAGCCUCACAACAGAUGGUGAGUCACUCAGCACAAACGCAGUGGUCUAGGUGUGUGUGUGUGUGUGUUAGUUUUAUGUGGUGUGUGUGUGUGUGUGUUUUUUUUUUUUUAAUCCUUUUGUUCAUUCGAUGUAAGUGUUUGUUAAGAUUUUCUGAUGUGUAUAAGUGGAGUGACCCUGUUUGUACAACAUCAAUCUGUGAAGAUUUAAUUCAAGUAGGCUAAAACAUUCCAAACAAGGACAAUGACUCUUCACGCAGCCGACCCGGCUCGCACCUUAUUGAUUUGUCUCAAAGUCUAGAGAGAUAUAUUUCUGUAUUUAUCACAAAUCUAUCAAAUUCUAUCAGUUAUCUAUCAUGAAUCACUCUAUUUCAGUGUGUCAUUCAUAAAUUUGCAGUUCAUUUCACUACCAGGCCAGUCUAGACGUGCUUAAAGGAACCAUUUUUACAUUUUUAUUACCGCGCCAUGAUUAGGCUGCAUUACAUUUACAUUUCAAGUGUGAAAUCCUAUUAUCUAUUGCAAGUUUGGAAGCACUUUAUAGCUCAGGAUUAAGGUAAGAUAACACAGUGAUAUGUGAGUGUGUCUUUACCUCAUUUGGAAUAUCAGCUUCAGUUAAAACAUGUUACGGACGGAUCGUUAACAAAGGACAGUUUGACACGACUUUUAACAAAGACUUUAAAAAAAAAAAAAGCAAGCGGCUCCUUUUUGGAACUCAUCAGUUUGCAUGGUCCACCCGGGUUCAAGUAGACGUAAUCAUAGAUGUACGUGGGACCUCGAGUCCUCACACAUGUCUUCCUCGUCUCCUCUUCCUCCUCCUCCUACUCCUCCUCCUCCUCCUCCUCCAACCUGCUCGUUUUACUGUUUGUAGCCAUAGCAGUCACACAAAACCCCUCCGCACGUCACGUCUUACUCAGUGAUGUUGAUCUUUGUCCCAUUUUUCAACCCCCCCCCCCCCCCCCCCCCC